AUGGCCUCCAUCACGUUUUACGACCAAGACAAUUACCGAGGCCGUGAGUACGCCGUAAAGGCCACCAGCGACAAGUAUGAAGUUAAGGAAGUUCCAAAAGGUAAAAGCAGCGUUGCGUCCAUAUGGGUGGAUGAGGGAACGUGGUUGGUGUACACUGAUAACAACUUCAUGGGGGCGUCGUUUCUGCUGGCACCCCGCCGGGGGUACGAGGAUACACAACAGGUCAAAAAGGAGGCACAGUCCCUGAACGUGGCAGACGAAUGGAAAGAUCAAGUCCGGUCCCUGCGGUUGGUCACCCCGAGUAGCCUCAUGCUUUUUGACAACGACUUCUUCCGCGGUUCCUGUUCCGUGAUCACGGCGACCACCGACAGCAUCGAAGACAGCGACUGUCAGUCCCUGAUCAUUGGAUUAGGGGGUGCUCAACCACAUGCACAGCAACAACAGGUGGACCUGGUUUUCGUGCUAGAUGGAUCCGGCAGCAUCAAGCAAAACAACUUUGAAAAGGUGAAAGAGUUUGCCAGUAAAAUCUCUGCUGAUCUGCCCAUCAGCCCAGCGACUACCAGAGUCGGUAUGAUUCAGUACUCCAACAUUGUGAGUGUGGAGUUUAAGCUGGCAGCCCAUACCGACAACGCCUCUGUGAAAACGGCCAUCCAGGGUGUCAAGUAUCAAAAUGGCGGCUAUACUUAUACCGGUAAAGCCCUGGAGGCUGUCCGCACCCAGAUGGAUUGGAGGCAGCCACCUGCUAAACGGGUGGUGAUUGUAGUGACUGACGGGGAAUCUAAUGACGCUGUUGACGGCCCUGCCCAAGCCCUUCGACGGGACGGCUUCACCGUCUUCGCAGUUGGCGUUGGUGUUAAACCAAAUGAGCUGGUACAUAUCACCCAAGAUGCCGGCAGAGUCUUCCCGCUGAACAACUUUGACAAGUUGCAGGACCUGAUUGCAACGUUGGCUGAAAGUGUUAAAACAGGUGAGGAAUGGACUCUCUACGAGUAUGGAAGGUUCCGCGGUAAUGACUGGAAGGCUUACCCGGGCUACUACACUGGUGCCGAUGUCAGGAAGAAUCUUGGAUCAGAAGUUGGCUCAGCAAAACGCCUUGUGUAG